GAGCUGCAGAAGGAGACUUUUGCUGCCGAUACAGUUUCAUCUGAUGGAAUUGUGUACACGGCAUUCCUUUUCGUCCCGAUUCCCAUUGGCUUUUUCUUCAAGAAAAGGGGAUUGAAGAUCAAGAAAUAUGGAGCAGCUGCUGCGGGACUUGCACUCAUGCUGGCUGCUUGUGGCAUCCACACCAUUCACUCCCUGGUCACCAUCCUGGGGACAUGGCUUAUCAUCAAAAUCUCACCAAGGUAUUCCCACCAUCUGACGUUAGGAUGGACCUUUUCGUACCUGCUCUUUUUCCACAAAUUUACCUCCUUCAAGUUUCCCCAGACAACACAUUUCACCAAGUCUGUGCAACUUUUGCUCAUCCUUAAGAUGGUGAGCGUAGCCGAUGAGGUGCGAGAAUUCAUUCAGGCGAAGGAGCAGGAGGUGACAUCGUGCCCCAGGUCUCCAGAGAUUGGUGUGAUUCCCCAAAUGCCAGGACUGGUGGAGAUACUGUGCUACAGUUAUUGCUAUGUGGGGCUCAUGACAGGCCUAUUUUAUCGCUAUCGUACAUAUCAUGAUUGGUUGAACCAGCCCGAUCCUUCUGUUAUUCCUACAUGGAAGCCGCUGCUUUACAGAUUGAUAAUGAUCCCUGUCUUUGCAACUUCUUUUUUGGCUGUCUCCCACUUCUUCCCCCCUAAUUAUGUUGAAAGUGAUGCCUUCUAUGAGAGAGGACUUUGUUUUCGCCUUUUCUACAUGAUGCCCGUCUCCUUUGUAUUCCGCAUACGCAACUACAUGACCUGGUAUGGCGCUGAGAGUGCCUGCAUUACUGCUGGCCUUGGUGCGUAUCCAACCAGGGCCAAUUCACGACCAGGCAGAGGACCCACUGUGGAAUAUGAAUCUCUAACCCUGAGAUCAGCUGAUGGGGAAGCACCCAUUGUGGCCUAUGAUUAUGAGACAAUCAGAAAUAUUGAUCCGUAUGGUACAGAAUUUUGUGUGAAGGUGAAAGACGGCAUUCGUUGUUGGAACAUGACUGUCCAGUGGUGGUUGACACAGUACACCUACAAAAAUGCGCCUUUCCGCUCCUAUCCCAUGAGGUGA